UGGCUGCGCCGGAAGCGGAGGAUGCCCCAGGCCCCGGAGCAGGAGGAGAGUGGCUGGGCCUGGGCAGUGCUGCUGGCCUCCCUGCUGAGCCAGGGCCUCACGCUGGGCUUCCCCACCUGCACCAGCAUCUUCUUCACCGAGCUGCAGCGGGACUUCCAGGCUAGCAACAGCGCCACUUCCUGGUUCCCUUCCAUCCUGACCGCCGUGCUCCACGCAGGAGGGCCCCUGUGCAGCGUCCUGGUGGAGCGCUUUGGCUGCCGAUCAACCGUGAUGCUGGGGGGCAUGUUGGCCAGCCUGGGCAUGGUGACCGGCUCCUUCUCGAGGACCCUCAUCCAACUCUACCUCACAGCGGGACUCAUCACAGGCCUGGGCAUGUGCUUCUGCUUCCAGUCCAGCGUCACAGUCUUGGGCUUCUACUUCACCCGCUGGCGGGCGCUGGCUAACGCCCUGUCCUCGGCGGGCGUCUCCCUGGGCAUCACCCUCUGGCCACUGCUCUCCCGCUACCUCCUGGAGGAACUGGGCUGGAGGGGCACCUUCUUUGUCUUUGGUGGGGUCCUUCUCCACUGCUGCGUCUGCGGGGCCAUCCUGAGGCCGGUGGCCACCACUGUGGCCCCUAAGACUAGAGAAGGCCCCCCUCCACCAGCCAAGACACCUGCCCCCAGCGGCCUGACAGCAUGUGGCCAGACCAUCCAGCGCCACCUGGCCUUUGACAUCCUGCUGCACAACCCGGGCUACCGCGUGUUCACGCUGGGGGUCAUGUGGAUGAUCUUGGGCUUCCCGAUUAUCCACGUCUUCCUGGUGCCAUAUGCCGUGCGGUACGGGGUUGACAAGCACCGGGCCGCCCUGCUCAUCUCCAUCAUUGGCUUCAGCAACAUCUUUCUGCGACCCGUGGCCGGGCUGGUGGCGGGCCAGCGCUACUUUGCCAGCCACCGCAAGUACCUGUUCGUCCUGGCUGUCCUCCUCAACGGGCUCACCAACCUGGUGUGCACAGCCUCAGCUGAGUUCCGAGUGCUGGUGGUCUACUGCCUGGUGUACAGCGUGUCCAUGAGUGGCAUAGGUGCCCUUAUGUUCCAGGUGCUUAUGGACAUCGUCCCCAUGGACCGCUUCUCCAGCGCCCUGGGCCUCUUCACGGUCCUGGAGGGCAUCUCCAUCCUCAUCUCCCCGCCAAUGGCUGGGUUCCUUCUGGAUGCCACCAACAACUUCAGCUUCAUUUUCUACAUGUCAAGUUUCUUCCUCAUUUCAGCCGCCCUCUUCAUGGGUGGCAGCUUCUGGGCCCUACAGAAGAAGGAGGGGCAAGGCAGGCCAGCUGAGGCGGAAGGAGCCGUCCCAGAGGCUGCUGCAGAUCGGGACCUUACCCUGGAGGGCACAGACGGGUCUAAGAAGCAGCUGUGCCCUGAGAUCAUGUAUGUGACCAGCGUCUGA